CCGGCGGGCCGCGAGGGCACUUCUCAGUUGCCGGAGCUUUGAUGGCUGCUCCGGGGCGUGAGGGCAGGGAUCUCGCUGCCGGCAGCUGAGGCUUCCGCUCUCCAACGCUAUGGAUUGUGUUCCUAGCCUAGCCCGGCUCCUACCCCGAGCUGUGGGGCGGCCCCAGCGAGGCCUGGGCGCGCUAGCGCUGACCCGGCCCCGCGGAGCCCUCCUCACUGCCUCCUCCCUCGGACCCUGGGCCGGAGUGCCGCUUCCCAGACACAACCGAACCGGGCUGCCCCGGAGUACUUGGCUCCGGAAGCUCUGUGAGCCCCGGCGGCCCAGUAGAUCAGGUAUACGGCCCCUUCCUCCCCCGAGCCUUCUCAGCGGGCCUAGGCCUUGGAUCGGUCCUGGAGGUGAAAUUCUUCGACUCAGUACUUCUGAUGCUUCCCAAGCCACCUUAGCUAGUGUAGCGCCGGUAUUUACUGUGACAAAAUUUGACAAGGAAGGGAAUGUUUCUUCUUUUGAAAGAAAGAAAAUAGAAUUAUACCAGGAAUUAGGUCUUCAAGCUCGAGAUUUACGAUUUCAGCACUUAAUGAGUAUCACAACCAGGAACAAUAGAAUUAUCAUGAGAAUGGAGUAUUUGAAAGCUGUGAUCACUCCAGAAUAUCUUCUGAUACUAGAUUAUCGUAAUUUAAACUGGGAACAGUGGCUCUUCCGGGAACUCCCUUUACAGCUGGCUGGGGAGGGUCAGCUUGUCACAUACUCCUUGCCCUUUGAGUUUAGGGUCAUAGAAGCUCUUCUGCAGUAUUGGAUCAACACCCUUCAGGGGAAACUUAGCCUUUUGCAGCCUCUCAUUCUUGAGACCCUGGAAGCUUUAGUGGACCCCAAACAUUCAUCAGUGGACAGAAGCAAACUGCACAUCUUACUACAAAAUAGCAAAAGCCUAUCAGAAUUAGAAACAGAUAUUAAAGUUUUCAAAGAGUCAAUUUUGGAAAUACUAGAUGAAGAAGAAUUGAUGGAAGAACUCUGUCUAACCAAAUGGAGUGAUCCUGAAGUCUUUGAGAAGAGCAGUACUGGAAUUGACCAUGCUGAAGAGAUGGAACUGCUUUUGGAAAACUAUUACAGGUUAGCUGAUGAUCUCUCCAAUAAAGCUCGGGAGCUCAGAGUAUUGAUUGAUGACUCAGAAAGUAUUAUUUUCAUCAAUCUAGACAGCCAUCGUAAUGUGAUGAUGAGGUUGAAUCUACAGUUGACCAUGGGAACCUUCUCUCUUUCACUUUUUGGACUAAUGGGAGUUGCCUUUGGAAUGAACUUGGAGUCCUCCCUUGAAGAGGACCAUAGAGUGUUUUGGCUGGUAACAGGAAUCAUGUUUAUGGGAAGUGGCCUCAUCUGGAGGCGCCUGCUUUCAUUUCUUGGUCGACAGCUAGAAGCUCCUUUACCUCCUAUGAUGCCCUCUUUACCUAAAAAGCCUCUCCAAGCAAGUGGAAGAAUUGAGAUGAAGAACAGUCUCAGGACAGAUGCUUUUGGGUCGAGCCGAAGUAUCCUAACAAACCGAUAGGAACGGCAAGCAAUGACUGAAAUCUUGGUUUUGGUGGUUGACAUAAGAAGCUUCUGGCACUAUUCUAAUUUAUUUUCUUUUAAUAAAAUUGAAGACUUGAAAACAACUCAUGGUUAAAAUAUGACCACUGAAUGUCAAUAAGCUAUGGCAAUCUUAAGACUAGGAUUUUAGUUCAUAAAGUCAGAAUUCAGAGUAAAGGAAUGAAGUGAAAUUGUC